AUGAGUCGCGACCUUUAUUUUUACGACCAAUAUACUGGUGCGUCUCAUGUUGGCGGUGUACAUAGAUAUAAGCGACAUCCAGAAGAAUUAAAUCAAGCGUUACAUCAUGUUCGAGUAGCUUUAGCUGCAGAAGAUGAUCAACCAGCUAAAACAGAAACAGCAACGCCAGCAAGUACUAUUAACCAUACACCUACUCCAGUUAAACAACAACUUGGCAGACAGACAAAUGAAGUUCUUUUGAGCACAAUUCAACGGAAAUUAAAAGCACCCAUAAUUCCCGAUGCAUUGUUUAAAGAUUUGGAUUCAUUAUUUAUACGAUUUGAAGAUAAAUCUAAAACAGCUGUAUCGUCAUCGACAUCGAAAAUGCCAUCAUCAAUAGCUCCGAAAUCUGCUCAAUCAAAUCUUCCUGAUAAUGAACAAGAUCCCGAUGCCAUGCAGAUCCAAGAAGCCGAUGAUGAAGAUGAAUUAAUGGCUGCAACAUCCAAUGCACCUAAAGUCUCUUUACCAGCCUCGCUAAUUAUUGGAUUACAUUCCACAUGGGCUGAUCUUAUUGAGGAUACUGAAUAUAAAUAUAAAACUUGGCAAACAAAAGCUGGUGAAGAUAAUUGGCGUCGGUAUGUUGAACGAAAACGUAUAGAACAAGCCAAUGCUGAAAAACAUCGAGCAUUGAUGGCAAGUAAACAAGGCAAUAGUCGUCGAGCUAACUCUCGUAUGAGUGCGAAUUCUGCCGUCAAUGUUGCUCGUCAACAACCAUCACUCGCAUUAAAUCCUCCUGUGCGUACUAUUCGUUCACUAUCACGUGUAUCAUUUUUAAGUACAAAUAAUAUGUCACCAUCAGAUUAUACUAAAGUACUUAAGCCGAUUCAUCAAGGUAGUUUAGAAAGUUUAACUGAAUCAAUUAAAAGUGGUAUUCGUAUUGAAUUUAAAUUGUCAACACAAAUUGAUCAAUCAAAACAACAGCAACAAUCACAAAUACAAGCUUUAAAUGAACAAAAAGGUGUCAUGUUUGACGUGCCGAAGCCAAUUGUUGAUGUACACGAAGAUAUUAUUGCAUUAACUCAAACAAGAUGUAAACGUCUUUUAGCUGAAACAAAACAAAGAAUACUUGCAACAGUGCCAGAUUCAACUAUACAAAAUCCUAAAAUGUGUAAAAUUUGGUUUUAUGGUGACAAUCAUCUUGUUCGAAAUAAAGCGAAUUUAUUAACUUUAAAUGAAACAGCUCGACGGCAAAGGUCAAAAUUUAUCUUUUCAAUAUUACGAAAGGAAAUUCCUGAAAAAUUUCACAUUGAAAUUGAAAUACCACAAAUAAAAAAUAAAUGUUACUUAGAAAUGCUUGAUGGUUCAUCACAAAUUUAUUAUCCAUCUGGUCGUUUAGCUGUCAUACGUGUGCGUUCACCUAAUCCGAUUGUAUUAUUUUAUGAUGAUACUGAUUCUCCAGAUCAUCAGUAUCUCGGUGCUGUAACAUCUAACGGUAGUGUUCUUGUAAUGCAACCAAAUCUUCAUGCUCGUUUUGUAACUGAUAAUCAACAUGAGCGUGGUUAUUUAUGUAAUGGUAAAGUAGGCAUGAUUGAAAAACAACUUCAAUGGCAUUCAAAUAAUUAUGGAGCGCCGUCAGCUUCAUGCGGUGACCCUACAACGAAUGAUGACGAUGAUGCUCUUCCAGCAUUACUUGAAAGUACUGUUCAAUUACAAUUAAAUCCUUAUAUGCAACUUGAAUAUGCGAAUCCAUCAAAUAUUCGUUUUGCAUUUGCUUGUCAAAAAGAAGAAUUCAAAUUUCAAUUAGGUAUUCAUGUAUCAAUGCAAACAACAGCAACGACGCCAGCUGAAAGACCUAUUGGUUCACCGAAAAAGAGUUCUACGGACAAACGAAUGCAAUCCAAACCUAAAUUGCCAAUGAUUCCAUCGAAUUGGAAUCCAUCAACAGGUGCUACAGAAAAACAACAAAUGCAAGUCGAACGAUUAUUAGAUGGGCAAGUUAAUGUGAGAGAACUGCCAAUGAUUAAAGAAUUAACUAGUUUAAGAAAACGCAUUAGAAAUAUUUGUAAUGAAUGGCUUAAACUCUGUCGAAAAACAUUAGGUGUUAUGGAUAUUGAUGCAUAUUGUUUACCUGAUUGGCCACCAAUAUCAACACAUUUAAUAGCUCCCACUACUAAAUCUCAUGCAAGUAAGAGUGCAAAACAACCAAGACACGUGACAAUAGUAACCAAAAAUGAGUCAAUAAAUAAUGAAUUUCUUCAACCAAGUGAAAGAGAACUAAUCACACGAACGCACUCCGCAAAAAGAGCUCGACCGAAUAUUAUUGAAAAUUCGAUUAUGCAAUUUAUGCCUCGUUCGAAUAGUGGAAAAAAUAUGAAACAAAAAUUUUAUUCAAAAAAAAAACGUCCAUCUACAACUCUGCCUUCUAUCAAAGUGCCUGGUACACUAUCUACUAAUGAAGAACUUACAUCACCUCGUAUCGGAAUUUCCGCUGAACUUGUAUUUGCAUGUCCUAAUGUAUUUCGUCAACGUCUCAUUCAAGAUGGUCCAACAUCAACAAUAUUACAUGAUACUUGUAUUUGUCGUGCUGAUCAUAUUCCAAUAAUUCAUGAUCUUGAAUUCGAUUCCUUUAUUGAAUCAACAGGCCAAAUCAAUCCUAAACAAUUAAUUGUAAUUGGCAUAAUAAAUUCAAAUCUUCGUCUGACUGAAUAUGAUCAAAGUCAACAAUCAAAUGAAUUAUAUGAAAUUCUUCAAACAUUACAUCAACAUCUUAACUAUGGUCGUAGUCAAAUAUCUAUUUGUCGUUUAUCAACAAAUGACGAUUAUCGAUGUUUAAUAUACGAUUUAGCUGGGGCGACAAAACAAAGUUCAUUAUAUGGACCAUUACUUGUUCGACGUCAUCAUGUUCAACCAGGUUUUGUUCUUAUUUAUCAACAUGGGCAAGUUAUUUUUGGUGAUUCAAUUUUUAAUGGCUAUGGAAGAAAUGCACAAGACUUAAAAAAACAAUUACAUCGUAUGAGACAACAACAGAUUGCUUUACCCGAGGAAUUUAAAUUCAUAUCUGACCAUAGGCGAACAAAUUCCACAAUUCUAAAAUCAAUAUAA